GUACUGGACCUGGCUUCUGGCUUCUCUGAAGUCGAUCGGCAAGCUGAUCCUGCUGUCUGUGGUUGUCUUCCUGCUUAAAAUGGGCUUCCGCCGCUUGCAGCAUGCCCUGAGCGUCUUCACAGUGCUCUACACCCAAUACACCAAGUACUACAAGAAGGUGAAGGUCUUCGCGGACCCCAGGUAUGGGCAGAAAAGUCCGAAGCAACGGUCCAAGGCGUGGCUCUCCAGCCGCAGCAAUCUGCUGAUGCUCGCUGCGAACCUGGUGGUAGCCUACCUGAUGUUUGACCACGUCGGCAUUGCAACCUUCUUCUUGCGCUUCUACGAGUGGUACAUUGCCUCUGUGGCUUUGAGCACCGAGCUGUUGGGAGAAUACACGUACAGGCUGAGCUACAAGCAAGAGCGCAUUUUUGUAUACAAGCAUGGCUGGUUCCUUUGCGGUUUCGGGACUGUUGUACUGGUGGCCUUCUACGUGCCCUUCUUGGGCCUUGUCUUAUAUCAUACCUUCCAGUAUGCCAGCGCGAAGCUUCUGGUGACCAUGCUGGAGCAUGAGAAGCGUACAGAUGAAGAGCCCAAGAUGCUUCUUUGGGACUGCAUUUAG